AUGCAAAGAAAUGACUUAUUAAUGCAAAUUUCUCUGCUUCCCACAAAGCAAGAUGACAGUGUUAGUACAAAUAGAGAAGAUUUUCGUCUUCCUUCUUUGCGCUGCCCUCAAGCUGAUCCUUUUCUUAAUAUGAAAAUCACUGAUAAAAACACUUUUGUGCUUAAACCUAUAUGCUUAACCAAGCAUAAAUCAAGUAAAUCUUUAUUUAAUCCACAGGAGCAACUAUCAAGCAAGUAUUCAAAAAAAGGUACAGAAAUAUUAAUGAAUUCAAACCGAAAUUCUAAAUUAACUGAUAGAAAUACCAAGAAAGUAUUACACCCAUUUUCUUUUCAAAACAUAGAUGGAAGCCAGCCUCUAAAAAUACAAAAAAAACAGUUCUCAAGAAUUCUCAGCCAACCUAAUUUAUAUGAUAUAAAUUCAAAAGCAGACCUGAAUAUCAAAAAUUUCCCAAACAAUGCAGCAUAUCAGCAUCCUUCAUCAACCAAACAUAAAGCAGCUUCAAAGAUACCUCAAUCUUUUAGCUGUAGCCCCCAUAAGGUCUCCAAUCCUAAUGAACCCCUUGCAGACAUUUCAUUUGGCGAUAUCAAUCAUAUCUCAUCUGCCUUCUUUUAA